UGGCUUUCCAUAAACCAGGCGCUCAGCUAUAUGUCAGGUGGUGGACCAAAUUAUUCCUCAAUUUUAGCUGAAGGUUAUUUGAGUCGGAAUAAAAAUAUCCUCCACACUCUGGCCUGUCCUUUUCCGAAAGGGUCGAGAGAGCACUCGAGAAUCCCUUCACCACCCGAGACGCAUCAAUCACCUGCAGAAAACCGCUUCCCAAAAGGGAGACGUGCAUCGUACUUCGUAUACGGGAGUGAGACAGAGCUGUCUACUGGAGCUGUCUGCUGCUUCAUGCUUCAUCUUUUUACAAGCAUGAAUAUCACGAUGUGUGAAGACAAAUGCAGAGCGGAGUAAAUCAAUGGCAAACGAACAGAGAUCCUUCUAGAAAGGAACAGCAUUAAUAUCAAGAGCUGCUGAUACCAAGGCUUAAUCCAUCUGUCUCACAGACUUCGGUGUUGCAUAAACAUGAGCGUAGGGAGCGGCGGUGAUUCCAGAGAUGAUUUCUCUCCUCAGCCUAACCGUCCUGCUUUAUCAUGGGGAGUGAAGAUCAGGAAGAAGCUGAAGGCCAUGGCUCCGUUUCUUGGCAAAUUCAGGCCGCUGGUGGGACAGUGCUGCCAUCAGUGCACCCCGGAGAGCCUGGGUCGAAAACUGCUGCAGGACACUCCUUCACUCGGCUUCCAGAACCUUCUGUAUGUGAAGGAAACACACACCAGGUACCGAGGGUGGCUGGUAAGAAGAGUUUGUUGUGUGCUGUUUAUCUGCAGCCGUAAAGUCGACUCCGGUCCUGUUGGAGACAGACUGCUUCGGAUCCUCAGCACAGACAGGGUGAAGCGGGUCCUGACUCCACAGAGCAGUGUGAAGGAGUGUGGAGAAGACACCCGAGGGGUUCUGACAUUGACCGAGACAUUUCAAUCUCCGACCCUGAUCCGGUUGGUGGGAUGGUUGCUCUUGCGAUUCUUGUCUCUGAUGUUCUGCAGUGUGCAGGUGAACCUCAGCCAGAUGGCCACUCUUCAUCGAGCCGAACAGCCGAACAUCCCACUGGUGUAUGUGUACAUUCGUCAGGGUGCUGUUGAUCAGGCUUUGAUCUCACUGACUCUCCUCUGUCACAACCUGAGAGUUCCCUACAGCGUCUAUCCAGCUCGAGUACACAACGGCUGGAUGAGGGUCAUCCUGCAGAAACUGGGCGUCAUUUUUCUCCCUGAUCACGCAGCCACGGAGCAGGAGGCAGAAACCCACAGCCUGUACUCUCCCAUCAUGACCUCGCUGGUUGGCGAUUUGCUGAUGGCAGGUGAGAGUCUCAGCGUGGGUGUGUGUGAGGAGAGUGGAUAUGGAGGACAGUGGCUGGCUCGGAUUCGUCAGGCUGUGGCUGAAGGCCUGGUGCCGGACGUGAGCGUGGUGCCAGUGGGAAUCUCCUACGACUGUCCUCCUUCAUGCCAGUCCACACACCCUCAGCCUGGCGUGCUGUCUGUACUGCGGUUUGCGCUUUCCCUUCUGAGUGCUGAUGAAAGAGGAGGUGUGAGGAUCCAUUUCGCUCAGGCUUUCUCUCUGAAGGAGAUGUGUGACAGUGGGAAAUGUCGUGUGGACGGACGACGCCCCCUACAGGACCUCCUGCUGCCAGCUGUCCUUCACAACAGGAAGGACACCAUAUUUGGGCAAAAGGAUGUUUCCUGGCUCCUUCCGCCCACUUUUCUGCCUGAACUGUCCCACAGUGAGAGGCAGCUGAGUGCCGCUUUGACAUUGCACCUGAUGCAUUCGGUGACCAGCAGCAUGGCCGUGAUGUCUACCAGCAUCUUGUCCUGUUUGCUCCUCCAUAAACACCGCAGGGGGGUGCGUGUGUCUGUGUUGUGUAGAGAUUUGUGUUGGCUGUUGGAGGAGGUGUUGUUCAGGCGCUGUGAUGUUGGUUUUGGAGGCUCUGUGCUCAGUGUGGUGUUCCACGCUCUCUCUCUGCUGCGUCCACACCUGCUGAUGGCUGCAGCUCCUCCUUCAGGAGAGCCGCUGGUGACAGCUCGGCCCGAUCCACACGCACUGCUCACCCUCGGCCGGCACGGCCAGCUGCUCACACACGUCUUCAUCACCGAGGCUGUGGGAGCUUGUGCUGUCUCUGCCUUGCUGUGUGAGGUGGCAGGAUGUGGAGGAGGAGAGAUGGAGUUUGAUGUUGCACUUGGUCAAGAGGAGCUGACUGAAAAAAGCCUACAGCUUACACACCUACUGCCAGCUGGGUAUAUACCAGUGAGUCACACCAUCAGCUCCAGAAGUAUUGGCACCCAUCAUCCAUGCCAAACAGCGGACAGUUUUGCUCUGGAUGCGGUGGACAGCAUGGUGCGCUGUGGGAUUCUCAUCAUGGAGGAGGUACAGCGAGAUACUCCAGUGUGUGAUUUCUGGAAAAGGCAGGGUGUUUUCUCAUGGACUGCUUCAGAUGAUCCUGAACACAGCAGUGACUCAGAGUGUGAGGAACAGGACACACGCUCAUACAAGUUGAGUCAGCCGUCACAGUGUCCUGAGCUGCUGUUCUUUCUCUGUAGCUUACUGAGUGUAGAGCUGAGGGCGCUGUGCUGGGCUAUAGAGAGCCUGGACCUGCUGCCCUUUCCCCUCACAGAGGCGGUGUGUGUGACUCAACUCCACACUCACCUGAGAAACAAAGCUCAGCUGGACAAAGUGCACCACGAGAGCUCCUCGGUAAAGCUGGUGAGAAUGGCCCUGCGAACCCUGACUGAUUUUGGCGUGCUGAUGGAGGACCGGCAGAGGAAGGAGGUGUAUCUAGAGAUCAGUCCUUUUUUCCUUCAGGCUGAGAACAAGCACAAAAUCUUCCAGUUCGUCUCGCAGUUCCUCUAUGGCUGAUGGAGGAGAAACAUGUCUCGGUGCUGCUUUAGGUUUAGUUACAAAAUAUCAGUGUUUCAGGUAAUCAGCAUGGAGCAAGAUGUGGACUUGGACCUGGGCGUUUAAAAACUGCAUUUGGUUUCGCUCUUACUGUAAAUGUAUUCAGUCAGGAAAUGUUUGUUGUGGUUAGUUUUGCACUGCAGCUAUGAGAAAAGCUUAUAUCUGGUUUAGCAUCUAGGGCUAGAGCACUGUGUCUUUAAAACUAGCAGUUAAAAAUUCUUUAUUUGUACAGAAAGUUUUACUGAACCAGGCAAGUGUGUGAAGAUUUAAUCAUUCAGUUUCCACAGUGCUAACACUUUACUUUGAGCAGUGUAGCUCUAGUGCAGAACUGAAGACUGAGCUACAUUUUUGGUGAAAGUGUGUAAAUUUCAUUUUUGGUCAAACUUUAAAUUUAAAAAUUCUAAUAGUAGCCUUUAAGUGAGAAUAUUGGCAGGAUUUUGAGUUGAUCAGAGCUAUUAACCAAUAGGAGAGCAGGAUAUUGGUCAUUGUAUUCAGUUUAAUUAAUGAGUGUUUGAUAAUGUUGGAUUGAUAGUUUAUGAGUUAAUGAGUUCUUCUCUUGUUUCUGUUUGAUGAAAAUUGUUGCUUAUUAACAUUUUCUUUGAUUAGUGAAAUGAAUUCAGGUCUCGUUCUGGGCUGUUGCUCAAUCCGGAUCUUUCUCUUUUACAGUCUCAUACAUGAUGAUGUUAAUGAUGAGUGACAGAGCUCAUGAACCACUGACCCGCCAAUCAGCUCCUGAUUAGGGGCUGGUAAUACCUCCAGUCAUCUCUGGACACCAUAGCAAUCCCAUAACCCCCCUCUUUCUCCCCACACAUACAUAUGCAGGCUCUUUUCAGACGCAGCAUGGUGGGAGAGAUGCUAACGGACAGGGUUGAUUGGUGUAGUGCACCGGGUGCUGAGUAAGAUCUCCAGAGACGCGCACACACACACAUACACACACGGGAGAACUGCACAAGAUCCUCCUGCACACUCACAAAGAGGGCAAUCAAUAAUGGUGAGAGAGAUUUGCAGAUGAACAGAGAAGAAAUGAGGUGAAUACUAAAACAGGCAGGAAAGGUGAGAUGGCAAAGUGCAGCACUUUUUAAAAUAAGAAAUUCAGCUUUAAAUGCAGACAGCACUGCGGUUUCACACAAUAUAUUACCCACUUGCUCUGUUUACGCUUCUCUCAGUUCAUAAACACAGGUCAGUGCACUGACGGAGCAGUUCCUGAGUGUUUUCCCAUUUUCUCGUUGAAAUAUGGCAAGCUCAGUCAGUUCUCAGAUUUUAUUUACUCAAUGCUAUUUGAGUAUUUUAAGUAGUUUCACAGAUAUGAAAAUGUUCUUGUUUCAUUGGGUCCAUGCACUGGUAUUGAAUUUAAAGGAACAGUGAAACUGUAGGAAAACAUAGAGAUGCAUAUGGAUAUUCUCUUGUCUAAGUAAAACUUAGGAAGUGAAGGUUCUACAUCAUUGUUGUUAGACUUUCCAUUGUUUUCCACACAUUUAAAAUUAGUAACAAACCAGAACACAGAAAAAUCUGGAAAUAAUGACAAAAAACCCUGCCUUAAGCAAAAAAAAAAAAAAACAA